ACUCUUGGUGUGGGAGACUACUCAACGGAUCGCUCAGCAAGAACUGGUGAUGGUGUGCUGGCAGUGCUUGUACACGUAAAUGACUUCAUUUACUGGUUGUCACAGGGCAUUGUCUGGGAGUCAAUUUCGCUCAGUCAAGUACCACAUUUCCGUCUUGGUGGCUCGAUCCAUCUGAUUACAAACAACCAAGUGGCAUUCACUGCAGAAGCGCACAUUGGACGGUCGACGAUGCAUUGCACUGAUAUCGCCAAAUCAUUCGAAUAUCCAGUCAUCCAUGUUAACGGUGAUCAUCCUGAGGUAAAGUUCGUAUUUGUUUGCAUUAUUCAUUUGCUUCAUCUAACGUCCUUAAUUGGGUUUUCAAUCAGGAUGUCGUCAAAGCCACGCGGCUAG